UAUCGGUCCAACUACGCAUGACAUGUUUGGACAGCGUAGGGUAUAAAAGACGACAGUAGACGGCAAAGUCCACAGGACGAAGCACUUUUCCUUCCUUCCCUUUUCCCCCGAACGUGAAACAUGGUUGUCCCUGUUUACUGUUUCCUUGUCGUCGUGCUCGCUAGAGCUCAGGCUUUCCAGCCGGACGACAAAGAUUUGAGGACAGGGUUUCUUCAACUGCAGGAGAUCAUGGUAACUUUUGCAGAAGACAUGAAGACAUUGAAGUUGGAAAUGGAGGACAUGAGGAAGACCGUGAUGACAGCAGAAGGCCGACUUACAGGAAAUGACAUUGACGACCUACCGAGGGACAAACGCCAGAUUUCUUGUGAAGAUGGGCACGUUGCUUUAACUGAGCAAACUGAAACAUCCUCCUGUACCGCGGGUCUCCGCGGCCCGCCCGGCCGGGAUGGUCGGGACGGCUCGCCGGGUCGGGACGGCGCGCCUGGUCGGGACGGGGCGGCGGGAAGAGACGGGCAGCCGGGACCACAGGGGCCGAUAGGACCAAGGGGCGACAUCGGGCCGGAGGGACCUCCUGGGGAGAAGGGAGAGACAGGAGCGGACGGGAAUGGAGGCAGUUCCGUGUACAUCCGCUGGGGAAGGACCACCUGUCCGAAUGACACCGACACGUCACUCGUUUACGACGGCAUCGCUGGGGGCACACUCUACAGCCACUCCGGAGGCGGCGCCAACUACGUCUGUUUACCGAAGGAUCCUGAGUGGGGAGUCUUCACGGAUGGAAACCAGGGUGGCUCGUACAUGCAGGGCGCGGAGUAUGAAAUGAAUGCUGGAAACAGCCCAUUCCCCAUGUUCCCAGGCACCUCCCUCGAUGAUCACGACGUCCCCUGCGCCGUCUGUCACGUGGCGUCUCGCGGCUCCAAGCUGAUGAUCCCCGCCCGUCUCAGCUGCCCUAGCGGCUGGACCCGGGAGUACAAGGGUUACCUCAUGACUGAACACCACACUUAUCACCGCACUGAGUUCGUCUGCAUGGACGGGGAGCCCGAGACCAGGCCCGGCGGAGACGUGAACUCGGAGGGCGCGCUGUUCUACCCGGUGGAAGCCAACUGCGGGUCCCUGCCGUGUCCCAAGUACGUGCAGGGCCGUGAGCUGACCUGUGUGGUCUGCACCAAGUAA